UCCAUUACUUUUUAAAUGGGGAUAUUUUUUUUAUCCAUUGCUUGGUUAAGCGCUGAGCAGUCUAGUGGUGAUAGGGGAAAUUCAUCAGUUCAUGGCAUGAACUCAAUUGAGUCUGAAUGCAAAGCCACAAAUGUCAUCCACCAGGCCAAUAAAUCAAUUGAUACCAAAAACCUCAGGGAGAUGGUGGUUUUGGCAAUUCACACGGGGAGAAUUUACUCUGUCUUACAUGUCGUUGAUAAUACAUCUGCUGAGAGUCCUUUUGAUGGGAACUCUGAUGCAAUCCCUUCUAGUUAUUCAUCCUUUGCAGAGUACUUUAGCAAAAAGUAUGGGAUUACACUAAUGCAUCCUGGACAGCCUUUGCUACUGCUAAAGCAAAGUCACAAUGCACACAACCUUCUUGUGGAUUUUAGGAAUGAAGUGCAAAAUGUGUUCUAAGACUUAUGGAGACUACGUAAUUAAAUGUUAUGAGAAUCCAAUAGCUCUCUCUCUCUCUCUCCUGAUGUUUGUAAAUUGGUUGAAGAGGUAUUCAUGAUUUUAAGGCUUGGUAUCUAGGCAGCAUGCAUUUACAAGGGUUCUUACGUUCUUAGGCAGAGGAAAUGCCCUUUUAGUGGAAUUCUGCAUAUAUGAAAAACAAUUACGACUUUCAGAACUAGCAUUUAAAAACAGUAGAAUAGUUUGAAAAAGUUGAGAUCAAGUACCCAUGAAUGUUAUAUGCCUUUGGAUCUCAUUCCAUCAA